CCCCUCAUCUUGCAAGCAUGGAAAAUUUUGAAAACCUUUUAACUUGUUGUUUAAAACCAGAAAAAGUUUUCCACCCCCUGAAUUGAAACCAACGAUUAUGGCUUACCUCUCCCGUGGAUGAGUUUCGGAAUAUGAGAAGUGAAACAAUGCCCCAUCCAACAUCAACACCAAUUCCACCAGCAGGUAUAGAUAGCAUGCCACUUUUAGGGGAGAUUUUCAUGUCUAAAAGAAUGACAUACAUUUUUGGCGAGCGAGAGCGAGCAUGUAAAUUUUUUACACGUACCUUUUUAGAAUGACAUUCCAUUAUUUGCGUGUAGUUAGAAUCACAUAGAACUUUACGGUGUGUGCAGUGCCUGAUUGCCCAUCACAUGAUAAGAAAAAAUCCCACA